CAGGAGGCGGCGGCCGCCGCGCUCAGUUCUGCCGCGCCGCGGGAGGGAAACGCGAGGCAGGAGCAGGCGGCUGGGCUCGGCAGCGCAUCCAGCGCAGCGCGGCGCCCCGGGCCCGGCCCCAUGCCCUCAGCCCCGCCGGACCGCCCUUGAGCACGGGCGCCCUGCCCGCGCCCCCCGCCCGCCGGCACCAUUUCCCCGACGGCGCGGCCUGGCGGCCCGGCGCUCCCCAGGCUCCGCGCCGGCCGGAAGACGCUGCUGGCAGCCGCCGCGGGCGUGGUGAUGCUGCUGGUGCUGGUGGUGCUGAUCCCCGUGCUGGUGAGCUCGGGCGGCCCGGAUGGCCACUACGAGAUGCUGGGCACCUGCCGCAUGGUGUGCGACCCCUACCCCGCGCGGGGCCCCGGCGCCGGCGCGCGGCCCGACGGCGGCGACGCCCUGAGUGAGCAGAGCGGCGCGCCCCCGCCCUCCACGCUGGUGCAGGGCCCCCAGGGGAAGCCGGGACGCACAGGCAAGCCGGGCCCUCCCGGGCCCCCGGGGGACCCGGGUCCUCCGGGUCCUAUGGGGCCACCCGGGGAGAAGGGUGAGCCGGGCAAGACCGGCCCUCCCGGGCUGCCGGGCGCGGGGGGCAGCGGCGCCAUCAGCACGGCCACCUAUACCACGGUGCCGCGCGUGGCCUUCUACGCCGGCCUCAAGAACCCUCACGAGGGUUACGAGGUGCUCAAGUUCGACGACGUGGUCACCAACCUAGGCAACAACUACGACGCGACCAGCGGCAAGUUUACAUGCAACGUUCCCGGCACCUACUUUUUCACCUACCACGUCCUCAUGCGCGGCGGCGACGGCACCAGUAUGUGGGCGGACCUCUGCAAGAACGGCCAGGUGCGGGCCAGCGCCAUUGCCCAGGACGCAGACCAGAACUACGACUACGCCAGUAACAGCGUGAUCCUGCACCUGGACGCGGGCGACGAGGUCUUCAUCAAGCUCGACGGAGGCAAAGCGCACGGCGGCAACAGCAACAAAUACAGCACAUUCUCCGGCUUCAUCAUCUACUCCGAUUGAGCUCCUCGCGACCGCUCCAUCCCCUAUCCCCCCGGAGGUCCCCUCCCGGCGGCGGCGCAGAGGAUGACCCGUAACCCCUACCCACACCCCCUCGCUGCCCGCCACGGCCGCCGGCUUCUCCCGGCUAUGACGCCCCCGGCCUGCCCUCACCACCGUCCGGGCCGCAGCUAGCCCUCCCGCCGUCUCGCCGCAGAGCCGGGUCCAGCGCGCCCCGUCCCGGUUCC